GAAACAGAAAAGCAGAGAGGCCAUUCCGAUGCCUUUAUGUACUUGUUCUCCGCUUCUUCCUCCUCCUCCUCCAACGGUCGACAGUCAUUCCCUUCCUCACCGCCGCGCCUAUUCUUCAUCCUCCAUACGCCGUCGUUUCACCUCCCAAGCCAAACCCAUUUUCUCCUUCCCGCCAAAUUCCGCCAAGUUUUCCACAACACCGCUACUUCAAUGCUCGUCCUCAUUGCCCAUGACUGCCGAACAAGACUCCUCUUCAACCUCACAACCCCAGGUGCAGGGAAGCUUGUUGAAAUCAAGGGCAUUCUGGGUUAGUGAAUCAAUCAUUGCCUGGAAUGUGGAUGCUGGAAAUGAUUCGUGCUACUUAUUCGCUAGUGGAACUGCGGCGUUGUCAUUAACCGGUGAUGGAGUUUUGGGUGAGGAUGUAAAAGUUCAGCUUCAAGAGGAUAGACAUGGGCUACCGGAAAAUGUGAAAGCAAAGUUUCCUCAUAUCAAAGACUACAGAGCGUUUAGGGUCCCCCCUGAUCUGGAUGUCAGACCUCUUCUCAAAGCUCAGUUGGCAGUUGCUACUUUCAGUUCUGAUGGAAGGUGCAGCGAUGCUACUGGUCUGCAGUUACCGGGUGUCCUAGAUGAAUUGUUCUCGUAUGAUGGUUCCCUUGGUGCAGUGUAUUCAAAAGAAGCUGUGUCCCUUUACCUUUGGGCACCUACUUCUCAGGCAGUAUCUGUAUUGAUCUAUAAGGAGCCAUCGGGUGGAAAUCCCUUAGAAGUUGUGCAGCUUGAGGAAGUUAAUGGCAUUUGGAGUACUAGAGGACCAAAAACUUGGGAAGGAUGCUUCUAUGUGUAUGAAGUGUCCGUAUACCACCCUAGCACCUUACAAAUUGAAAAGUGCUAUGCAAAUGAUCCAUAUGCUAGAGGGCUCUCAGCAGAUGGUAGGCGGACAUUGUUCAUCAAUCUUGAUUCUGAUCAUAUAAAACCAGAAGGAUGGGAUAAAUUGGUAGAUGAGAAACCUGAUAUACAUUCUUCUUCGGACAUAAGUAUUUACGAGUUGCACAUAAGAGAUUUCAGUGCCAAUGACCAGACAGUGCUUCCUGAAUUUCGCGGUGGAUAUCUGGCAUUCACUUCGCAGGACUCGGCUGGCAUAUCUCAUUUGAAGAAAUUAUCAAAUGCUGGUAUCACUCAUGUCCAUCUACUGCCAGCCUACCAAUUUGCAGGUGUUGAUGAUGAGAAGGGGAACUGGAAGAGUGUAGAUUCCAAGAUUCUUGAAAAGUUUCCUCCAGAUUCAUCCGAGCAACAAGCUCUAAUUACAGCAAUCCAAAAUGAUGAUGGGUAUAACUGGGGGUACAACCCUGUCCUUUGGGGGGUCCCUAAAGGAAGCUAUGCAAGUAAUGCAAAUGGUUCAUACCGGGCAAUUGAGUUUAGGAAGAUGGUUCAGGCACUUAAUCGUUUUGGCCUUCGUGUUGUCUUGGAUGUUGUCUACAAUCAUUUGCAUGGAAGUGGGCCAUUUGAUGAAAAUUCAGUUCUUGAUAAGAUUGUUCCAGGUUACUACUUGAGAAGAAACACUGAUGGUUUUAUUGAGAAUAGCACAUGUGUAAACAACACUGCUAGUGAGCAUUUUAUGGUAGAGCGUUUAAUUCUUGAUGAUCUUUUGCACUGGGCAGUUGAUUUUAAGGUUGAUGGAUUCCGGUUUGAUCUUAUGGGUCAUAUAAUGAAAAGAACAAUGGUGAAAGCAAAAGAUGCGCUUUACAGCCUAACAAAGGAUAGGGAUGGAGUUGAUGGCUCAAGUAUCUAUAUAUAUGGUGAAGGAUGGGAUUUUGGUGAAGUGGCCAACAAUGGGCGUGGAGUAAAUGCAUCGCAGUUCAAUAUUUGUGGUACUGGAAUUGGGAGUUUUAAUGAUCGAAUACGGGAUGCAAUACUGGGUGGUUCUCCAUUUGGCCAUCCUCUUCAGCAAGGAUUUGUGACUGGUCUACUAUUACAGCCUAAUGGUUACGAUCAUGGCCCCGAAGUUGUUGCAGAACGUAUGCUUGCUGAAUCAAAGGAUCACAUUCAGGUUGGUAUGGCUGCAAACUUGAGGGACUUUGUGCUAACCAAUUAUGAAGGGAAAGAGGUAAAAGGAUCAGAAGUAUUGACAUAUGGUGGGACAAGUGUAGCAUAUGCUUUGGACCCUACUGAAACUGUUAAUUAUGCUUCAGCUCAUGACAACGAAACUCUUUUUGACAUCGUGAGUCUGAAGACUCCAUUUGAAAUUUCUGUAGAAGAGAGAUGCAGGAUAAAUCUCUUGGCGUCAAGCAUAAUAGCACUAUCACAGGGAAUUCCAUUUUUCCACUCCGGUGAUGAGAUGCUCCGGUCCAAAUCACUUGAUCGCGACUCAUACAAUUCUGGUGAUUGGUUCAACAGGAUUGACUUCACUUAUAAUUCCAACAAUUGGGGUGUUGGCAUUCCUCCAAAGGAGAAAAAUGAAAAGAGCUGGCCACUAAUGAAACCAAGAUUAGCAGAGCCAUCCUUUAAGCCUCAGAAGAGUCACAUCCAUGCUGCUGUGGAGAAUUUUUCAGAUUUGUUACGUAUUAGGUACUCUUCACCACUUUUCCGUCUGAGGACAGCAAAUGCUAUUCAGGAACGCGUACGUUUCCACAAUACUGGGCCUGCAUCCGUCCCUGGCAUCAUAGUAAUGAGCAUUGAAGAUGGUCAUGAAGGACUACCAGGGUUAUCUCAAAUGGAUCCAAUCUACUCCUACAUUGUGGUUAUCGUCAAUGCACGCCCAACUGAGGUGUCAUUUACAAGUUCUUCUAUUCGUGCUAGGACCCUUCAAUUACAUCCUGUACAGGUUAAGUCCAAUGAUGAAAUAGUGAAGAGAUCUACUCAUGACAUAGGCUCGGGAUGCUUUACUGUGCCCGCAAGGACGACAUCUGUGUUUGUCGAGCCUCGGGGGUAUGAGUUGCUCUCUGCUGCAUGGUUCACUAAGAAUGUUAUAAAUGCGACAAUUGACCAGUGAUAUAAUAAGUUCCCCAGCCAGUGGAGUAUGGCUCUUAAAGUUCUUAUCCAACAAGAGGACUAGGAGUAAUACUUGGGGUUUAGUCUGGUCUUUGAGAUGGCAGAGAAGCAUAACGGAAUGGCUUUCUGAUGCACUUGUAUAUAUGUAUUACGCAGUGGAGUAUGUUUUGAAGAAUCAAGAAAUACUCAUUUCUGUACUCAUUUCCAUUUGUGCA